ACGUGAGUGACGCAUCAAAACUCGAGCACAGCUCAGUUCGGCUAACAGUAUAUGUAGAAGCAGCGACAUUCUCAGGGUUCUGUCGUAUAAAGUCUUUCAGAACAGGCACGGUGAAGUGAAAAUUCACUUGGAAAACGUUUUUCUCAGUACGACACAAACGGGAUUUGUGUGCUGAGACUUUACCACCGGCAGCAGUUUUGUGAUGGAGUUUCCGGAUUUAGGUGAACACUGCUCGGAAAAGACCUGUAAACGUUUAGACUUUCUUCCUAUGAGAUGUGAUGCCUGUCAGGAGAUAUUCUGCAAAGACCACAUUACCUAUGCAAAUCACAAAUGCACAUCGUCUUACAAGAAGGAUGUCCAGGUCCCAGUGUGUCCGCUGUGCGACACUCCCAUUCCCAUCAAGAGAGGAGAGAUGCCCGACAUCAAAGUGGGUGAACACAUCGAUCGGGACUGCAAAUCAGAUCCUGCACAAAGAAAGAGAAAAAUUUUUACCAACAAAUGUUCUAAAGGAGGCUGUAAGCAAAAGGAAAUGAUUCGUGUGACUUGCGACCAGUGCCGUUUAAAUUACUGUCUUAAACACCGACACCCACUUGACCAUGAAUGUAAACCCGAUGGGAAACCAUUGUCUGAUGCUGGACGGGCUGCUGUAAUGAGGGCACAAAGUGCCUCCUCCACCUCUGCCUCCAACAGCUCCUCCAGUUCAUCUGCUUCAGGAAAUUCUCGGCCCGUUUCUAAUGGUGUCAGGGCAAACCCCAGGAGCCAAAACAGUCGGUCAGUCCUCUUUUUUUUCUUUUUUUUUCCACAAUUCAUAUUGAGAAAUUAAAUUUUUUGUUCUGUU